AUGGCUUCUAGAGACGUUAGUCGUAGAGUUGGUGGAGACCGUUCUCGCGGCCACAAAAAAUCUGACACUCUCGAAGACCUCGUUGGCAUGUAUGAGCGUACCGGAAUUUCUGACGAUGAUUCUCGAAACUCGCAACUAUCUGUGACUUCAGUUACCGAGAUCAUCCCCAAAAACUCCACUGGUCGAGAGGUUGCACAUACUGCCAAAACGGCGUCGAACAAGCCGAAUCGAUCUGCAUGGUCUUCGUCUGAGGAUGAGGAUAAAAAACCAUCUGGAUCAAAGUCUAAGAAACCAGAAGUUCCAGUCCAGCGUAGAGAACAAGAAGCUCGAUCUGGCGAUAAAUUCUUCCGCCUGGGUAGUUCUUUGAUUAAGUCCCCCCCACGUACCCCAAAUCGUGGUAUGAGUCCCGCAGCAAAGAGUCGAAACCCUCAGAGCUCCGAGGACGAUACUCCUACAAAGAAAAUCAAGAGACAGGAUACUUAUGAGCAACUUCAUGGGAAACCUGAAAAGCCUCUUUCAAUGAGUCCUCAUACCGCGGGGAAAUUGAAGGAAAUGACGGAAGCGCUCCAGAAGGCCAAAGAAAGGACAGGGAGGGCACCUAAAGACCGAACAGAGAAAGAAACCGCCCGGACAAGAAAGCCGACGGAGCCAACGUCAAAGCCUAAGGUAGAAAGUGAAGAAGAAAAGAUUAAGAGAAGGGCGAGGAGAGCGGCGUUAGACUGA